AUGGCUACGAAGAUUGUGGGACGAGAAAAAAAGCAUGUAUUUGCUUUCAGGCUUGCCGAAAUCCUAAUAGAGCAAGAAGGAUCAUGGGAUCCAGACGAAGGAAUAAAAUACGAACCGGAAGUGGUCCCAACUUCCAACCCAUCCCAAAAUAUUGGAGGACAAACUUCUGCAGAUCAAAGUAGUGACGCAUCGACUACUGACAGUGAACAAGGUGAUCAAAAAAAUGUUCUCCAAAGCAAAGAAAUAGUAGAAGUCCAAAGCCAACCAGCACAAACCUCAGCGUCAAAGCCAUUGUUAACUAGUAAGGAGAAGCCACUGUUUACUGCAGCUAGACAAGGAAUAGAAGAGAUUGUGAGUGUGAUACUAGAACAACAUCCUCAAGCUAUUGAGCAAUUGGAUGACGAUAGGCGGAGCAUUUUGGAUGUGGCCGUCAUGUAUCGCAAGAACGAGAUCUUCAGUCUUGUAAAGCGAAAGAAAGUACCAUUGGCUAGACUGCGUCGGCGUAUUGAUAAAGAACGCAACACAUUGUUACACCAUGUUGCAGAUAUGACGCACUACAGUGGAGGAACCAGGCCUGGGCCUGCACUUCAACUUCAGGAAGAGAUGCAAUGGUUCGAGCGAGUGAAGAAGGUAAUUCCAUCCCAUUAUGCCACGCUUCCGAACAAAAAAGGCGAUACAGCAAAAGAGCUCUUCGAAAAGAGCCACAAGGACCAACUGGAGAACGCACAAAAAUGGAUCAAGGAUACCGCUCAGUCUUGUUCAACUGUAGCUGCACUUGUAGCUACUGUUGUCUUUGCUGCUGCCUAUACUGUACCUGGAGGUUCUGAUGAGAAAGGCACCCCCAACUUCAUCAAAUCUCCCUAUUUUCUGGUUUUCACUGCAUCGGAUGUUGUCUCCUUAGCAAGCUCCUUGACUUCGCUUGUGGUGUUUCUCUCUAUGUUGACCUCUCCAUUUGAGCUGGAAGAUUUCCUUGUCUCUCUUCCUCGGAAACUUAUUAUUGGCUUCACCUUCCUCUUCUUCUCGGUGAUGACCACCAUGCUAUCUUUUGGGACAACAAUUUUGAUACUCAUUCAGUCAGAGAAAAAGCUAACUACAUUACUCCUUUCUACUGCUGCAUUCCUUCCAGUCUCCGUAUUUGUAAUAAUGCAAUUCCGUCUGUACGUCUCAUUGAUGGGCUCUACAAUCAACUUUCUCAAUAUAACCAAGAAAGCUCUUCGUUCCUGUUUUGUCCCUCGCCUACGAGGGGGAAAAAGCUCUUCUGAGCUAGGUAUUGGAGGUUUAAGUAGCAUGAAGUCCUUGAUCUUGGCUGGUCUCUGCUAUGGUGUGAAUUAUAGACAGCCUAACUACCGGUGGCCCCAUUCUGCAGAAAACGAAAAAGUGUGCAAGAUGUAA